UUCGCGCGCGCAGUUUAUUCUGUUUUUCUAUCCGCGAAGUGCAGAGUUUGACGCUAUGGCAAGAACCAAGCAGACCGCCCGUAAGUCCACCGGUGGCAAGGCGCCAAGGAAGCAGCUCGCCACUAAGGCUGCCCGCAAGAGCGCGCCGGCUACCGGCGGCGUGAAGAAGCCUCAUCGUUACAGGCCCGGCACCGUGGCUCUGAGGGAGAUCCGCCGUUAUCAGAAGUCUACUGAGCUGCUUAUCCGCAAGCUGCCCUUCCAGCGCCUGGUGCGAGAAAUCGCUCAGGACUUCAAGACCGACUUGCGUUUCCAGAGCUCGGCCGUCAUGGCCCUGCAGGAAGCGAGCGAGGCAUACCUGGUCGGUCUGUUCGAGGAUACCAAUCUGUGCGCUAUCCACGCCAAGAGAGUGACCAUCAUGCCCAAGGAUAUUCAGCUGGCCCGCCGUAUUCGCGGAGAACGCGCUUAAACCACAACUCCGUCUAAUAUACACAAAGGCUCUUUUCAGAGCCACUUCAUCGUCUCAGAAAACGGAAAAUUUUCUUCGGCAGUCUCAAUAUUAGAACGUGGUACAGAGAUAAAAUGACACUUAAUAUAUAUAUGUAUGUAUGCUUGUAUGUGUGUGUAUAUAUAUGUUUAAAUGAUGUACAAGGUUUUAUAUUAAAUAUAGUCCUAUGAAUAUUAAUGUUUGUUUAUAUAGAUGAGCCGUUAAUUGUGGUUAUGUCCGAAUAACACAAUGCACAGUAAUGAGCUGUGUCUGUAAAAUAGCCCAAACCUACCUUCAGUUUCAGGCGGCGUUUUGUGUUGCGCUAGAUGGAGCUUGACUGCCCUCGUGUGGCCAAACUCGGGAACGUCGAUUUUCUAGAAGCGGAUUUGUGGGCA